AUGGCCCAGCUCGUCGCAAAGUAUGCUGCGAAGAAGAUGCUCGCAGGCGAGAUGAGCAAGUAUGCCGACAAGGCCGCUGCCGGCCCAUAUGACCCAUACUACGAGGAGAUCCCCCACCCCAGGAGGCCGGGCAAGAUGAAGAAAGUCAAGAAGCAAAUCCCAGCCUACAUCCCAGAGCAGGAGGCCAACGUCCUCGCCAGAGCCCGCAAGACCGCCUACCGACUUGAUUUUGCCCUGUUCAGUUUCAUGGGCAUGCGCUUCGGUUGGUCCUCCGUCAUUGGUCUUGUGCCCGCAAUCGGUGACGCAGCCGAUGCACUGCUUGCACUCAAGCUCAUCAUGAGUAUGCGCAAAGUCUCAUGCGGUCUACCAAAUGGCGUCCUGCUCAUGAUGAUGUUCAAUCUUGCAUUGGACUUCGUUAUCGGUCUUGUCCCCUUCGUUGGCGAUCUUGCAGACGCAGCCUACAAGUGCAACGGCAAGAAUGUCCGCUUGCUGGAGGAGCAUUUGGAUAAGGUCUACAUGCCCGAGGAGCUCAAGGCUAAGAACUCGAAGCUGCCCAGGGAGAGUCGCCCACGCCCCGCGUCUGUUUACAUCGAUGUCUCCGACGAAGAGGACGAGCGCCACGGUGCCUACGACGACCGCCAUGACGAUGUUCGUCAGCCUCAGCGCGCGUAUUCUGGCCGCAGGGAUAGAAUCCCUGACGAGGAGAUGGGCCGCGCUACCCGCAAAAACACACAUAAGAGCAGGCGGUAG